AUGUUUCACAGACUUCAUGGUGUUUCACCUCAAUGCUAUGAUGCGAAACAAGGAGGAGAAGGUGGCUCCCAAGUUACAAAGAACGGACAUCUCAAAGCUGCUUUCAAACCAGUCAUCAUGCAACAGCCUAAGGGGAAGGAAAAACUAUUCAGUGAAGACCUCAUUAUUGACAACGACGAAGAUGAAGAACCUGAUGAAGCUGAGUUUAGAAGGCGGAAGGCUCGUGAAGCAGAAUUGGAUGAAAAUUCCAGUAUUGUCAGGGAGGCAGAAGAAAAGGAAAGGGAUGAAAAGGAAGCUCAAACCACACUUAAUAGCAAAAUGCUAUUAUUUCCUAAGUGGACCCUGAAGUGA